ACUUACUUAUUCAGUUGGCCUUUUAAAAUCUUUCCCUUCCCUCGACUCCCAAAUCCUCGCCGGCGAUAGAAACCCUAGAUUCGAUUCACCCCCUCGGUUUCUCAAGCAAUGUCGUCGUUUAAUCUAUUCUCCACCCCACAGCAGCAGCAGCAGCAGCAGACUCCUUCUCCUUCUCCUUUCCAAACUCAGCAACAACAACAGCCCUCGUUUCAGCCGCAGAGCAGCAAUUCCUUCUUCUCCCAACCGCAGCAGCAGCAGCAAACGCCGUCGUUUCAGCCGCAACAGUUCCAGCAGCAACAACAACAACAGCAAGUACAGCAGUUGUAUCUGUUCACGAACGAUAAAGCUCCGGCGAGUUACAGUACUAAGUGGGCUGAUCUCCAUCCCGAUUCUCAGAAGCUCCUCCUUCAAAUUGAAGGGAAGAUAUUGGAGUACAGAAGUGAGAGUCAGAGGUUAGAUCAAUGCAGCAGACUUUAUGAUUCCUCUGUUUCCACUGAAGGUUUCGAGUUUGAUGCUAGCCGCAUUGUUCAGGAGCUUGGUGGGAUUAAUACUACCAUGGACAGACAGAAAGCUGUUCUCCACGAGCUUAUGGUGGUUGUUAAAGACAUGCUCCGUAAUUCAGAGACUGCUGUUCGGUCUUUCAUGAUGCUACAGCCAAGAUUCCCUCAUUCUAAACCAGGUGGAGGAGCUGGAGCUGCUGGUGGUGGUGGUGGUUCUCAGUCGUCUCAGGCUCCGCAGGGAGCUAAUCCGGCUCCAGCUUCCUCUGGUCAACAACAACAACAACAAGCAGUUACUUCCGUUGUUCAAGUUUCUGACUUUUACCGUGGGAUCCCAAGGAAACCCACUGUUUUUCUACAGCAGACAGUUGCGAGGUUUGAGAAGUAUAUAGGCGAGUGCCGACAGUGGGUUGAGGAGCUGGAGCAGUUGCUUGCUUUGGAUUCCGACAAGUUUAGUCGGCAUGUUUCUCUUUUGGAAUCUCUUCCAAAAGUCAUCUCUAAUGUGCAUGACUUCUUUGUUCAUGUCGCUGCUAAGGUAGAGAAUAUCCACCAAUACAUUGAAUCGAUGAGGACGGCGUAUCUUGCUGACCAGCGGCGUAGAGGAGAAUGCCAUGACCCGUUUCUUGAGGCUGAUCGGAGGGAAACAGCAAAACAAGAAGCUGCUGCUAAAAGAGUCCACCCAACUCUGCAUCUACCUGCUACUACAAGUGCACAACCCUCAACCCAAGUUGCUGGAUUAAUUACCAGCUCAGCUACUCCUGGGACUGCAAAUGCUCCACCAACAUCCGCAGCCUUUCCAACACCAAACCCUUCUUCAGGAGCUGGCUUGUUUUUUAACACGCCUGCUUCUUCUGCACCUACGACUUCUCUCUUUGCUACACCAUCUUCUGCUGCUCCUACCUCUUCUUUGUUUGGAGCAGCAGCUACUCCAGCACAGACACCACUCUUUGGUUCUUCACCAGCUUCUGCAUUUGGUUCUGCUCCAGCUUCUGCAUUUGGCUCUGCUCCAUCUUUGUUUGGCCAGCCAACUCCUUCAAUUGCUGCUACGCCUUCACAGUUUGCAGGUAUUACUCCGGGUUCAGGAGCCAGCUUCGGUUCUAUGACUAAAUCUUCAAGGCCAAAAUCUAGAACUUCACGCCGUUAACCACUGGAUUCUUCUCUCAGCCUGGCCACACAUCAUUACAUCUCUAGAGAGUUCAUCGUUUCUCACUCGGUGAUGUUUAGUUUGGUGAAAGUCUGCUUAUGCACCAGUUUGUAUCCUAUGCCAGCCUGCCCGUUAUUUAUUGGAUUGAUGAUUUAAUGUUCCCAGAGGCAGUCACAGGCCACAAAAGUGUAUCAUCUGGACAAUGUUUUUGUUGUAGUAAUCUUAUUCAUACAAUCAUCCAUCCCAUGAAACAUUUAGCCUAUCAUGGUGGCGGAAACUUUAAAUUUUAUUUUUACUAAUAUAAUGACAAUAAUGAUAUCAUUGUCAGGUUUGCUUAUGCAUAUUUAUCAGCAAUUUUAAGUA